AAUUCCACUCCAACCCGGACAACUGGCAGUCGAAGGUGAUAGAGAAUCGCGUUGAGACGUAUUUUUUUAACAUAACACAUCCCCGAGAAUGAGAUACAUUCUCUGUUUAAUUGGGCUUUGCCUGGCCAUCGGCAGCUGCACUGCGUCCAUCAGUGGACCGUUUAUCCUGUGGGGUCACCCUAAGGUAUCCGGUCUGCAGUCAGAGGCCUUGGUGGACUCCAACAGCAGGGAACUGCCGCUGACGCAACUCUUCGCAGAGGCCAGGGCCAUUGUGUUGUUUGUGCGGAACUCUACCAGUCGAUUGGAGGGCACCAAGUAUCCCAUGUUCGAGAACCUCGUCAAGAGCGGUGCCUGGACAUAUUUGCCUCAGCGGAGAUUGGCCGCAGAGCCUUUUGGAAGCAAUUCGCACAUUCAGGUCGUGAGCCUCUCGGGACGCGGCGAAGACGACGACGCCAAGAUCCUCACAGCUUACAACGAGGCCCUGGCCACGUAUGGACGAGGCGAGGUUCUAGGUAUCCUGGCCAGCCGCGAGGAGGAGGCCCACUUCCUGAGCAAACGUGAGGCAGCUGCCGCAGAAGGAGGAGCCGAAGAGGCAAAGCCAAAGACGGAGGGACCCGAGGAAACCGAGGCCAGCUUCAUCUACAUAGCCGAGGGAAAUAAAGCAGUUCUCAGCCUCUAUGGGCCGCUGGAGCUGCGACUGAGCAACGAGACUCUUCGCCUGGUGGAGCACAUCAAGCAGAUCACCUUUGAUGACCAGCGCCAGAAGGGCUACGGCAGGCUGAGCAUCACCUUCAUGCCUUCGGGAGAGAAGUGCACACUGCGCUUCAAGUUCUCGCUGGUUCGUGGCUCUUGGACACUGCGCAACGUGGAAGUGGAGUACAGGGAGCUGAAGAGUGUGCUUGUGGCCCGCGGCGAUGAGUACUCCCUGCCCUCGGCACCGGUUGGGUUCUCCUAUCGCUGCUCCGCCGAGAACACUACCUUCACGAAUCCAAUAAGGAACGAGACCAUCCAGAGCCUGUUGCUCAGCGACUUCCAGGUAGAGCCGUGGCUGAAUGGACGCACCAAGUUCGGCGAGGUCUACGACUGUGUGGGCUUCGUUUCGGCCCCCAUUUUGGCGGGUUUGUUUGUGGUGACCCUGCUCCUGGGCAUCCUGGGACUAGGCAUCUCCGCCAUGCUCAGCAUGCACACGCCCAACAGAUUCGAGAGCACGCGCAGCAAGCAGUUGACCUUUACAAUUCAGGAGUAAGGGGGAGGAAAGGAAUAAGUUCAUCUGGAGGAGCCACUGCCAUGUUCGUCCAGAUCACCUAUGUGGCGUUCAAGCCUCUGGCUUUGUUUACCCUGGCCAUUGAGCUCUUCCUCAUUCAUCUGUUGUUUGUGCUCAUCGUGCUAUACGUUUAUGUGCUUUGGUAUUACUGACAUCAAGUGAAGAUUGUAAUCCUAUGCAUAGAGUAAUCGAGGAUAAAACAAUAAACAUUAUAAAAGUAUAAAUGUUGGUUAUUAACAGCAAUUGUGGUGUUACUGAUAAACCUGAACAUGAUAUAAAAUACACACUAAAGACACAAAGAUAUUCAUAACUUAUUCCAGUGUAUAGUUAUAUUAAAACACCUCUUUUGUCUGUCAGAACUAUUCAAUAACAAAAAUUAUAUCCCAUUAUAACCGAACUCUUAAAAGUUGUCAACAACAAAAUGUUAAACUUCAUGAACUUCAUAUAUAAAUAAUAAAUAUUCAGCCGAUUGUGUAAACGAUUUCAGCGAGAAUACAAAUUCAUUUAAAAUUUGUCUGCAAAAACCAUGAUAAAACUUAUUAUAAAAAAGAUUAUUUACUUAAUCUGGCCUCUUCAAGUGAAUGAGAUAUGGCACCAAUAAAGCUUCAUUCAACUUCAUUCACUUUA